CUUCUGUCUUUUCCGGCCAUUACUACAGUCAUCAGCUUUACCGCUCGUGUCGUCGCAAAAACAGAAAAGUUUAAUAAUUAAAUUGUGUAGUUUUUUUUUAGAAUACACAAAAACAGUGAAAUUGAGUAUAUUAAAUUAUAAAAUAAAUUGAAAUUUAUUAAUAUAAAUAAAAAAUCCAAAUAUAAUGGCUGAUAACAAGAAUCAAGAUUGUGAAAUGAAUGGUGAAGAUUUCUCACAAGACGUCAGCGCUAAUGAAAAAGAAAAUGGUGGAACUGCCGGUAACACCAAUGGAAAUGCCAACGAUACAAAUGCACGCGACGAUGACAGAAAAUUAUUUGUUGGCGGUUUAAGCUGGGAAACCUCAGAAAAGGAAUUGCGUGAGCAUUUCAGCAAAUUUGGUGAAAUUGAAAGCAUCAAUGUUAAAACAGAUCCUCAAACUGGACGUUCUCGUGGCUUUGCAUUUAUUGUAUUCACACAAACUGAUGCUAUUGACAAAGUUAAUGAUGCUGGCGAACAUGUUAUCAACAACAAGAAAGUUGAUCCCAAAAAAGCUAAAGCUCGUCAUGGUAAAAUUUUCGUCGGUGGCUUGACCACCGAAAUCAGUGAUGAUGAAAUCAAAACCUAUUUCAGUCAAUUCGGAAACAUUGUCGAUGUUGAGAUGCCUUUCGAUAAGCAAAAGUCCCAACGUAAAGGUUUCUGUUUCAUUACCUUUGAUUCAGAACAAGUUGUAACUGAAUUGUUGAAGACACCCAAACAAAAAAUCUCCGGCAAGGAAGUCGAUGUUAAACGUGCCACCCCCAAACCUGAAAAUCAAAUGAUGAUGAUGCGCGGUGGUCGCGUUGGUGUACGUGGAGCUCGUGGCGGUUACGGACGUGGUGGUUAUUCUCAUCAAUGGUCUGGUCCUGGUGCAUAUCCCUAUAGUAGUUAUGGUUAUGAUGCCGGUUAUGGUGAUUACUACAGUGGUGGAUUUUUCAAUGGCUACGAUUAUGGCUACGACUAUGGCUAUGCUGGAGGUUAUGAUGGCUAUGGUGGUAGCGGUGGUGGUUACGGUAGUGGUGGAGGCGGUGGUGGUGGUAAUCGUGGUGCCGGUGGACCCAGAGGUGGUCCCAAAGGAGGUAGUUCUGGUGGUGGCGGUUAUCAAUCUGGCAAACAAAGAGGGACAGGACGCCAGCCAAGACAUCAACCUUACUAAAUAAAACUUCCUUACUUUAAACAAACAAAAAAUACAAACAAAAAAAAAACUAAAUAAUAUAAACAAGAAGAAAUUAAAAAGUAAUUUUUAAUACUAAAAAACACAAAAGAAAACAAAAACCAACCUAAGCAACCGAAAGUCUUUCUUAAUAAAUACAAGCAUUAUGCUAAUAAACAGCAUAAUUCAAUACAAAUUAUCAAUAACAUAAUUUAGUUUGUUGUGCGUUCUUUUUUUAUAUAUAAUUAUUAUUAUAAUUUAAUCAUAGUCAACAAUCAUCCAAAUCAACAUAUUUUUGUUUUAUAAAAAGCUGUCCCUCCACUCCUAUAUAAAAUCCCCCCUUUUCUUAUAUAUACACACACAUACACACAGGGAAAUCAUUGUAGUAAAAGGAUAUACAUAUUGUUUUAUUAUUAUAUUUAAUAACUGUAUCGUCACACUCUCGCCAAAUUCAGCAAUAUAUUUAAAAGUUUAAAAUAAAUAAAAAACAAACCAUUCCAAAUCCAUAAAACAUAUAAUACAUCAGCAUACUAUUCUUUUUUUCAUCUAAUUACACCACUUUCAAAACAAAACAGUUUUUUUCUCCACUUUACCUUAAUAAAUACAUUUAUGUAAUAUUUUUUUUGCUACUUUUUUUAGUUGUUAAAAUAACUAUAAUUUUAAAUUUAAAUAAACAAUAAAACAGUAAUUACCAAGAUUUUCUUAAUUUUUUUUUUGCUCAAAUUUUAAAUUCGAGUGUAUUAAACUCCUCCUCCCAAAAGAAAAAAUGCAACCCACCUCAUAUUGAAAACAAACCUGCUCUUCCUAUUUGCUACACUCUUUCACAAUAUUAAACAUAAUAAAUAUAAUAAAAUAUAUAAAUAAUCUUAAACUCCUUCAAAUAGUAGUGACUCAUUUAGUUUUGUUCCUUUUAGAAAGUCAAGGCCUGUUGUUUUGGAAGCGUUUUUAAACAAGAGUUAUAAAACAGUAAUGAAUUUAAUAAAGAACAUUAUGGAAAAAAUCUCGUUGUCUUUUAAGAGAACUAAUGAAUUUUUAAUAUGUAAAUAUGUCCAUACACCUACAUAUAUAAGAAGUUCAUUUUUGUCACACAGACCUUUCUCUAUAAGUUUGAUUUGAUUACAUUUAUUUCUUUUCUUCGGCAAUAUUACGUACUUUUUACAUUGUAGUAAAUACAUUAAUAUACUUUUUUUAUAUCUAUAAAUAUAUAUAAAUAUAAUUUAACAAAUAUAUAAAAAUAUAUAUAUUUUUCUUAAUUUUAAGUAUUUCUCAUAUUUUUUUUUUGUAAUUUACACAACAAAUCGUAUCAUCAUACACAACACAAAAGCAAAUAAAUCAUGCAAAAAUAAUAACAAAAUACAAAAAAAUUUAACAAAUUAUUAAAACAAAAUCAAGAAAAAACAGAAAUAAAUGUUUAUAUAAAAACACAAUGUUUGUUUAAAAUUUUAUUCUAAAAUAAAUCAUAAAUAUAGCAACUAAAACCACCAAAAAAAAAAUCAUAUAUAUAUUUUAAUAACUUUUCCUCUCACUCUCUACUAUUGACAAAGUAAAAACAAUAUUUUAAAAUCAGGCAUCCUAGUACGAGUUUAUUGAAAUAUUGCUUUUUUUAAUCUUCACCAUUCUACAAAUUCAAAAUCAAUAAAUAAAAAAUAAAAGAUGUUCCUUAUCAUCUCUUACAAAUAUUGGAACAAAUUAUACUUUCAUUUAAGUAUUUUUCUUAAUCUUAAGAAUGAAAAAUAUAUCCAAAAUUAUAUAUAUUUACGAAUGAAGAAACACAAAAGAACGGAAAUAUAUAUAUUAAUGUACAAAAUCAAA